GUUCUGCUGCGUAGAAUACCCUCUUGUCGGAUACUCGUGAAUUUUAAGUGCUGCUUAAUGCAGCGAAAAAUAUUCCCAACAUUUGGAAACCACAAAAUCUCUUAUAUUCGACAAAAGAGGAAAUUAUGUGGUAGCAUGCAUGCCGUAUCAAUGGGAAUAACAAAAAAGCCCGCUUAAUUUAGUAUCUGCUUAAUUUAGUGUCUGCAACUGAAAACAAAAAUUUAAGAUAUUUUCGCUAUUAUAGGUAAUGAUUAACAGAAAAAGAAAAACGUCGUGUCGACAAAUGUUAAGCGGUAUCAUAAAGCCUACAGUGAUAAUACAGUAAAGAUGGCAACACUGUGAUAAACCACAGGAAUGCACUUUCGCAGAAGCACCGACAGAAGAACAGUCACAUGACCUGAUAGUAGCCGUUCACGGAACGUUCAUAGUGGUUUUCGUUCAAUCCGGGGGGUCUCAAUAUGUGGUCUUCAGUUUAUAUUGAACCGUACAGGUGGCUGUAAGUUAAUCAGUAAAUUUCAAACCGAUCGAUCCGGUUGUUAUUGUUCAGUCAUAACACCUACAUAGAGAUAUCAGACUACUUUGCUUAGCAACCUCUUUGUUGAUUGCCGCCUGUUAAAUCAAAUUCCUGCUAUACAAUAUUCUUCAAUCCUUGCCUUUUUGUUCACCGGCUUCCUAUCUGAUAAGAGAAGAGACAAACCAAAAACUGUGUAUGUUUAGGAAAAAAACGGAAUAACGCGUAUUUGACUCCCUACACAUUCAGAAUCGUACAAAAUUUUUUAAUCAGCACUCAUUCACGUCCCCAGAGACACUUGCCUUUCUUAGUCGGCGGGGCCUGUGCACGAAGAGAACGUGGCUAUGCAGAUACAUGAUUUGGUAUUCAUAUGUUUUGAUCAACAAGCUUUACAUACAAGAUUUAUUUUCCCCAUUCGGUCCAAAUACAGAUAUUUUUAUAUCAAUUAUUUUUAAAAAAGAGAGGGGGGCCUGGCUACCUGAAAUGACUACAGACUUAAAGACGACAGGUAGUCAGUUUUACAAGUUUAGGUCUAUACACACAGGCAAGCACACACAUACGACACAGAACACACAGUGAACGAUAACCGUAACCAGAUUUCAGCUUUCAAAAGGUCUGUCAGUGCUGGUGAUGCAGCUCUGGGAACGAGGAUGGUCAGCACUGACGAUAACACGCAUGCUCUAGGAACGAGCUAGAUUGUACAUGUCUGCUUGUAUUGUUUAUGCCGGUACUUGUAAUUGAGAAAUAAAUUAUCUUUAUAACUUUGAUUGCAUUUUCUUAUAGCACCAAACGAGAGAGUGUGUCUAUGACAUAAAAGGGCCACCAACUUAACAUAGCUUAGCCUCUUCCACGCAUUCCGUUAGUUGGGACGCAGCACGGAAAACGGUGCGCGAAAAUAAUGUGAGUGAAGAGCAGCGAGGGAAGGUUCCUCGCAUCAAGCCCUUUGCUCUCUCCUUUUUUUCACGCACCGUUUAUCGCGCUGCGUCCCAGCUAGCGGCACGCCUAGAGGAGGCUCAUCUUAUAGCUUUGGUGCAAGUUUGGUGACAAGAUCAGGUCACCGUUAUUAUUACAACACUUUUCAGUCUGCAGUGUUGUUUUUGUAGAUGCCUCUUUUUUCCAGCCGGGUAACUCGCAUUAACCGAAUAAAUGAAAUAGGUGAUUACUUCUUUUUUAUACAUUAAGCAAAACGUCCCAAAAUUGAGAAGCUAUAAGCAUAUGUAAGUGGCAAUUACAUUCCUCGUUAUUAUAAAAUAUGUUUUGUUACUAAAUAAAUGUAGUUUGCUACUUCUAACUCUUCAGUACGCCAUUUAAGGAUUCAUACGAUGUGAUUUGUUUUUCUGACUUAUGAAACCGAACGCUUUUUUUUACAAUGGAAUCUAACAAGGCCAGCCAGUCUCACCCUGAAGUUUCAAUUGAAAAUCGGCGUCGUUCCACCCUGUUCUUGCGUGCUUAAACUGUCAUUAGUUUUGACAGCUCGUGCUACGUUUCUCGCUAAUUCCUCUAAUCCCCCUGCGUCCAACAGAGUUCACAGUAGAAGGUUAAGUGACUCAAUUUACUCCCACCGCCCGCUUUACUGAACUCUCAAAAUAAACUUUACAACUUUUCCUGAAACAGAAUCAAGUCCCGAAUCUUUCAAACGUAAACCACGCGGAACGAAAUUGUUUCUUUAGUUUUGUUUGCGUUAUAAACUGUAACGUAAGAAUAGUAAACUUCUCCGUGUGGAAAACUGAAGUAUUUGUUUUUAGGGUGAGGACAAUCCACACGUGAUCUUAUUGCCAUAGGCGUGGAAUCUGUUUGAGGGUCUUCAUAGCUUUGUACACGCCCCAGAGAAGUCACGUUUCCUGACCAAACAGGUGUCGUGAGACAUUUAUCACAACUCAGCUGAUUAACAGUAAAGGUUCACUUUAACAUCGCUAAAAUUUCCAGAACCGUGUCUACUAGAUUUCCUGUGAGAAGUUGUCCAUCGCAGGUUGACUUGACUGUUUACUUGAGAUUCGUGUGGAAUCUUUCCAACGCUCGCUGAUUUACAUGAAUUUUUAAACACUCAGUUGUUAAAACAACUUUCCUUGCUGGUUAUGUCUUUAGUUAAAAUAUCAUCACAGCCAGGGAAACAGCGCAACGCAAACGGAGUUUAUCUCGUUCUAGACUCACUUAUUCGUGAAAACAUGCUUCGGAGAUUGUUCAGCUUUCGCAAACCAAAACAAGAGGAGAAGGACAACUUUGACAUCAUUCAGAAAGAAAAUGUUGACCCAAACUCUCAGAAGAAAGUGGUGGGAACAGACCAGCAACAAUCGAACAUUUUCAAAGCUGAGCCAGAAAUGACGACGACCAAGAUGGAAUCAAGAGAGUGUACAGAAACCCAACCAAAUCAUGAUUUGGUCGACAACAAAAUCGUAGAGAAGGACGUGGACCAACACCAGCUAAUCCCUGAAUCAUGUUUAGCACUGGAAUCCUCAACCCUCUCAGAUACAGAAAGUGACACAAAGGACUGCGAUACUGUCAAAGACGAUGUCUCUGUUUCUGAUGAGUCUGAACGCUGUGAAAGCUCAACGUCAGCAGAUGAUAAAGAAGAGAGCGGUAUCGAACAAGACUUUGAUCCAUCAACUGUGGAAGAAGGUUCCAAUUCGAAAACGGACGAAUCCACAACAGAACUUAGAAAGGAGCCUUCUAAGACAGAGAAAGCUCCUGAGAUGCCACCAGUGCCACUGAUUCCCAUAAACCUAAAGUCGCAUCUAAAACGAAACGAUCGAAUCAAGACAUUUACCCGAAUAUCGAAAAGAAUACCGGGCACGGUAGAACAAAGCGAAAGAAGCCCUGACAGCUCCCCUGAAAAGUGUGCCAGUUUUGUCCCGUCAAAUAGUAUCAAGAAACAGUUUUCGCCGUACAGAGCGCAAUAUUCUCGAGGAUUCAUUGGUACACCUUCAAGACAGCCCCGUCGCAAGAAGGUCCCUGAAAUGUUUGGAGACAUAAUCAUAAAAGAUCGCAUUGGAGGGAGGUCUCAAAUUCAGUCCCCUGCAAGGAAGGGCAUUUUGAAAUAUCCCAACAGCUCCAGAUCUGCAGCUAUGGGGGUUAAGUAUGCGACCACACCAAAAAAGAGCAAAGUUACAUCUUCCAAAGGAAAGAAAAUACCUGCUGCAUCUUCGUCAGAUAGUGGACUCAGUGACGGCGAAGGUUCCAGCGGUGAAGAGCAAAAGCGCAUGCCUGUUAAAAAGAUCUUCAGUGACCAGCAAGCAUUGCGAAAGAGAAUAGAUGAUUUGAAUGGAAUGUUGAAAACAAUGGAACAACAGAGGUCUGAACUACAGGUCGUGCUACAGAUAAUCAAGGACUGGUCCGAGGAUUUACGUACGGUAAAUAGAACCAACUUGGGUGUCCCGUAUAUACGAGCUGUCAAGCAGUUACUUGCAAAACAGCGCGGUGCAUUGAGCAAUAGAAAGAGCGACUUCAACAAGAGAGUAUCGAACCUGAAAGAAGCUGAAGUUCCUUUCAGUGAAGAGUUUGGUAAUCUAAUUCAACAGCUGCGUAAAGAAGUCACUUAUGUGGUUAGGGAUCAGAGAAAAUACAGUGCAAGAAGUGUGGAGAAUAUUCGACAGCUUCAAGGAAGACUUAUUGGGACUUGUUCGGCUAUUCUUGCAGUUUUUUAUGAAGAAUAGCGACUUGUUUGUUUUUAAUAAUCGCCAACCUAAGGCAGGUUUAAUGACAAGAUUUAAAUUUUUCUCGACUGACAUAGCAAUAUUGUUUCUUUUAGUCGUUCCUAUUCCAAUAAAAAAUCGUCUCAUUCAAAAGUUAAAACUGUAAAUAAUUCCGCUUGAAAACACACUUUGUUGAUUUAACUUUUUUAUAAAUACUUUCACACGUACACACUUUACGAUUUCAAUUUUCAGACAAAAUUAGUUCAGUUGUGGAGUAAUCCGCGGAUAGCAUACUUGUUCAUUGUUGUAACUAAGUCACACUCCAUCAAACAGUAACAAAAUUUUUUAUUUUAAUAAGUACUGCUUCAAUAAAAUGAUUGAAAAGUA